AUUCGGAGUAGGCGGGAGGUGUGCGGCCCCGGGACGCGCAGCUCGCGCGUGGAGCCCGGAGGCGGGAGUGCCGCGUUGCCGCCAAAGGAUGCCCACUCCGACACAGUGUGGGCCUGCAGCGAGACGCUUCCCAGCCGCACGCUCCCCGCUCUGCGCCGCGAACGUCAAACUUUUUUCAGCGAAAACACGGCCGAAACGGAUUACGGGGUUACGGGACGUAAUGCAUCCGCGAUUCACUUUCUGGAUUCAUGCAGUUCUUUUUAGUGCUUGUGAAGUGGUAACAUUUCCUAUUGGAAAAGAAAAACUUUAUCGUGCUGAAACUUUUCACGAUUAGGUGUGAUUUUUUUUAACAAUAGUGCUAAUCUUAGGACCCUUAGUUAGAAGACAGUUAGUUGUAUUGAGAAGACGUUUCCUCUAGUAGGAAUGUGUUUUAUUUGUAGAUAGUUAAUUGUAACAAGAAAAAUGAAGAAGAAAAAUCAAGGUGAAACUUCGGAAAAGCCGAACAGGAAACGAAGGCUUUUGCGGGAAAAGACAACGAAGUUAGCCAGAGUUGCCAGAGAAGAAGCCAGGCCGAAACAGUCUUCACACAAUAAUACGAUAACAUUUAUCCAUGGCGGUUGCGAAACGUCGUCGUGUGGAAAAGAGGCUGCUUGCGUCCCAUACAAUGCCACUCUGCACUACUGCGUGUGCACCUCCAAUGCCGAGCCUGCGAAGGAAGGCGUCAAAUGUCCCAGGAGUACGGUACCACUGACACAAAGAAAAGCCAUCCACAAUGUGAUCCCGCCGCGGCCGUCCAACGCGACGGAGCCUUACCCACCAAUAUCGCCCACCGCACAGGUGCCGCGAACAAGCAGUGAAAAGUUCACGGAAGCCACGGCGGGUACUGAAACCGUCAUUUCAGGAUCUAGCACGUACUCUACUGCGAGUACGCCCCUCCUCAUAGGCAUGGUGGCUGGCUGCGGAGUGCUCUUGAUUUUAGUUACAUUUCUCAUAUUCUACCUCAGAAAACGUAUUUGUCACGUCGACAGAAAAGUAAAACCGCGUGUACGACCAGGGGAACCUCUGCUUGCUGAACGGUAUAUAACGAACCCGCAGUACGGGCUGUGCGGCGCGGACUCCGUGGCAACUCCGAUAGUCGUUCCGGGCACGCCAGCGCCCCUGCCGGCCAAUAAAGCCAACGAGCCCGAGGUGACGAUGCUAGAACGAAGCGCACUCACGUUCUUGGAAGAGGUUGGAGAAGGCUGCUUUGGAAAAGUUUACAAAGGUGUUCUCAGGGGCAAUAGUGCUGAGGAGGUUGUUGCUAUCAAAGUGUUAAAAGAAAUAGCAGGUCGCAGUGCUGAACAAGACUUUAUGAGGGAAGUUAACAUAAUGUCAGCAUUUCGGCAUCCUAACAUUUUGUCACUUAUUGGAGUAGUGUACAAAGAUGAUACAAAUGUGAGUCCGUGGAUGGUCUUUGAAUACAUGAAGUGGGGAGACUUGGCAGGUGUCCUGCGUGGUUCACGUGGUGGCAGCAGAGAGCAACCAACACUCGACGAGUCGGCUCUACUACAUGUAGCUCUCCAGGUGGCGCGGGGCAUGCAGUACCUGGCUUCCAGACGUUUUGUACAUAGAGAUCUUGCUGCAAGAAAUUGUCUAGUCGGAGCCAAUUUAGCUGUGAAAAUUGCAGACUUCGGAAUGUCUCGAGACGUUUACACUUGCGAUUAUUACAAGAUGGGCGGUGAGAGACCUAUGCCAGUUCGUUGGAUGCCCCCAGAAAGCAUCGUGUACGCCCGAUUCACUCACGAAUCGGAUGUUUGGUCGUAUGGAGUAGUUCUUUGGGAAAUAUAUAGCAGGGGUAAACAACCUUUUUACGGUUGCAAUAACUAUGGAGCUACCAAAAAAAUCUUGCGGGGAAUUCUAUUAGUGCCACCCGAAGACUGUCCUCGAUUCGCAUGUGAAUUAAUGCGCUCUUGUUGGGCUAUCGAUCCUAGGGAUAGAAUAGGAUUCGACGAGAUCUGUAGAAAAUUAGAAGACGCCCAAGCCGAAGGAGGUUCCGGUACGCAGAUAAGGUUGCCUCGCCCACCGACUGCACCUUUAGAUUCAGCUGGCUACUUGGUCCCCAAUACACCACCGACAGUCGAUUAUUUAAAACCGCUUCCAGACCAAGACCCUGAAUCUGAUUUUAGCGACGACGACGACGAUGAGGAAUAUACUUGACGGCUAGACCUAGCGCCGUGUUCGCAUUACGUGCCGCGCUCCUCGCCCGCAGCCGCCGCUAGCGCCACUGCCCUGACAUUCCCACCGUGGAUGAAUAUUGAACGAUUUGAGUGUUGACUACUCUCGGAAUGGCUGACGUAUAAAUCACAAAAUAAAUAGGAUGAUCCAGCAGAAUAUUCAUGUAAAGUUGUAUACAUAAUACUCAACUACCUACUUAGUGUGAUAUUUUUCUUGUUACGAAACAUGCUGAAUAUUUAUGAGAGUAAAGUGGAAUAAACUUUUGACUUAAAUACUAUAAUAGCUGUAUUUAGUAUACUGGUAAUGAGCAAUUUAUUUUUAAAUAAUAUUGUGCCAUUUAUAUAAACCAAAAAUAUAUGUGAUAAAUCAUAUAGCUAAUAAUAUUAUAAUGUGUUAAGUGUGUACAUACGAAUUAUUAUACUACCUACUUUAGAAUGUUUUUUAGUUAAAGAGAAGACUUAUUAAAAAUAAAGGUACCUGCAUUCUUAGGUAAGGUAUCUGUUUAUCCUUGUACCUAAGAAUAUAGGUGUCAUGUAAAUAGUUAUGAAAAAUAUCAUAUAUUAUAUUAUAAUAGGUAGGUACACGUAUCAUAAAAAGGUCAAAUAAUAUUAUUUUCAAAUUACAUUGUACAAAAUACCUAUACAGACUUAGUAAACUGUGUUCAACUUUAAUGGAACAAAUUAUAUAGAAAUGCAUAGAGUUGCAAAUGCAAACCUAAUAAUGUAGGUACCUAAUGCAUAAAUUUUGAGAACUAACCCGCCAUUUUAGCAUGUAGUAAGUACUAAAUACAGUUCACAUUUAAAAUAAGGUCUAAAAUAGUACUUUUAACAUGACAAUUGGCACAUACAGCUAAAAUGGUGAGUGAGAUCUCAAAAUGUAUGCACUAUACCUAUCUAUUGAUCUGUCUUUUAUCUAUAGGUAUCCUCAAUUUUUAAGAGGUAACACCUACCUACUUAAUUUAAAGUAGGUUAGGAGUAAAAUAUUAAUAUAGGUAGGUACCAAAUUGUACAAAAUUAAAGUUGUAAAACUUCGUUUUGAAGAUAGUAAGUAAUCCACAUUAAAAAUGUAUUGAAUUUGUUAU